CAUCACUUAGCCUAUUUAGGGUCUUUGUUUAGAGAGGAUCCGCCUCUGAGGUUUCAUGGGCUCGCUGGUAUUUAUACCAACGGCACAUCGGGACUCGGUCCCAGAGGAAAGGAGCUCUUGCGUCUGCGCUUUUCCCCCAGGUCCCCCUGAACACCAGCCUCUCCCGGCCCCACCAUGUGUGAGGAGGAGACCACUGCUCUGGUCUGUGACAACGGCUCCGGGCUCUGCAAAGCUGGCUUUGCCGGUGAUGACGCCCCUCGAGCUGUCUUCCCCUCCAUCGUGGGGCGGCCUCGGCACCAGGGUGUCAUGGUAGGCAUGGGGCAGAAAGACAGCUACGUGGGUGACGAGGCACAGAGCAAGAGGGGCAUCCUCACGCUCAAGUACCCCAUCGAGCACGGCAUCAUCACCAACUGGGAUGACAUGGAAAAGAUCUGGCACCACUCCUUCUACAAUGAACUACGUGUGGCCCCUGAGGAGCACCCCACACUGCUGACUGAGGCACCCCUCAACCCCAAGGCCAACCGUGAGAAGAUGACCCAGAUCAUGUUUGAGACCUUUAAUGUCCCUGCCAUGUAUGUUGCCAUCCAAGCUGUGCUUUCCCUCUAUGCAUCUGGCCGCACAACUGGCAUCGUCCUUGAUUCUGGGGAUGGAGUCACCCACAAUGUGCCCAUCUAUGAGGGCUACGCUCUGCCCCAUGCCAUCAUGCGUCUCGACUUGGCUGGCCGUGACCUCACUGACUACCUCAUGAAGAUCCUCACUGAGAGGGGCUACUCCUUCGUCACCACUGCCGAGCGGGAAAUUGUGCGUGACAUCAAGGAGAAGCUCUGCUAUGUGGCCCUGGACUUCGAGAAUGAAAUGGCCACAGCUGCCUCCUCCUCCUCACUGGAGAAGAGCUAUGAGCUCCCUGAUGGGCAGGUCAUCACCAUCGGGAACGAGCGCUUCCGCUGCCCUGAGACCCUCUUCCAGCCCUCCUUCAUUGGCAUGGAGUCCGCUGGCAUCCAUGAGACCACCUACAACUCCAUCAUGAAGUGUGACAUUGACAUCCGCAAGGACCUGUAUGCCAACAACGUCCUGUCUGGUGGCACCACCAUGUACCCUGGCAUCGCUGACCGCAUGCAGAAGGAAAUCACAGCACUGGCCCCCAGCACCAUGAAGAUCAAAAUCAUCGCCCCACCGGAGCGGAAGUACUCGGUGUGGAUUGGCGGCUCCAUCCUGGCGUCCCUCUCCACCUUUCAGCAGAUGUGGAUCAGCAAACCCGAGUACGACGAGGCCGGCCCCUCCAUUGUCCACAGAAAAUGCUUUUAA